GGUAUGGUAUGCUGGUAACGUCGCUGAACGUAAAGUAUAUUGUACCGUCGUGGUGUGCUUAUAGAGUCUUCUGGCGAGCGGUGCUCAGGAAGAACUCAAUUCAAUCGUCGUACAUGCACGUUCAUGGUGUGUUGUUGAGCUGUUGUUUGUCACUUGGCGUUAGUUAUGCCUCCAUCGGCGUGUGUCAGUUUUGAAGUUCUACUCAACCAGUGAACAUCGUCGGUGGCGGUGGCAUUUACAUUGCGAGGAAGUGUCCCACCAGCGCAACAGAGAGGGCGAGAGUGAAGAAAAACAGAGCGAAGCUGCAACUAGCGAGACGACGUCGGGGGCAAGACAAUUGGUGUUAAGUGAAAGAUAGAGGCUAUAAUACCCACCACACGGCGUGGCGACGAUUGUGAAUGUACCUGAAAAGCGUUCUAAGCUACGCAGAUGUAAAUUUAGCAUACCAAGGGUUUUUUUUCUUCUUCCGUUGUUUCGGAACAUCACGGCUCGCGCGUACCGCAUGUGUGUUUGACGUUUCGCCGUGUUUUAGUUUAGGAGGUAGUACGAAAUCACCACCGUAUCUUUCCGUUCCCGGCGGUGGUGUGUGUUGUUGCAACCCGAAACAAAGCGACCUCUAAGCCGGCAUCAUCCACGGAAAUGUCGGAGCAAAGCGAUGAAACCAACAAGGAUACGCUCAACGAGUACGAUCGGCACGUCUUGGAGCAGCUGGUGGUGGACACAUGGGGACUUAGUGUGGCCACGCUCAAGCGCAUGAUGUAUUGUGGCAUUGACGAGAUAUCAUUAGUGUUGAUAGAGGACCCGGAAAUCAAUGAACUGUUUAGCGAUCCGCGUAUGCUUGGACAGAAAAUUCUAUUUAAACAUCGACUGCGGCAAUGGCGCCUGGAGCAACAGAGUAUUCUACAAAAUGCACACGCUGAUCAAUUAAAUGGCAGUGCGAUACGUUCCAUCGGUAGCAAUGGUGGCGUCCUCGGGCGACAUCACCAUGCACCAGCAAAUGGUAAUCCGGCAAAAAGGAAGUACCCGUUCGAAGUCGAUCCAAUUCCAACGCUGCCACCGUCGGACGACGAAGCGGUCAGCGUAAAGAUGGAACUCGGUACUAGCUCCCCAUUGCCGGCCAUCGUUCCUCCACCGUUUGGCACACUACCUGUUCUUCCUCCGUUGUUAAGGCGAAAAAAUUCCGAACAACAAUCGCUACAGGAGCGGACGUCCGGCGCCAUCGGAGACAUUCCGGUGCGGAUCGAUAAACUUAGUUUGUUACGAUUGCUACAAUCAUCCCAGUCCGGGCGAUGGAUAUUAAGUAGCUUCAAACCGUCGCAGCCGCUCGAGCGGCGGGGACAAACCAUCAUAACCCAUCUGAUCGUCGACCAGUUUCUGCACUUUAACAUACUGUUCAAGCACCGACUGAUGUGCCACUACGCCUCGGUGAUAACGGAACUCUUUCCUGCCGAAAUCAAAGAGCUUUACUACGCCCCGCGAAACACGGUGAAACGGAACACCUCGGGGAAACUGUUUGACCGCUACACGAAUCAGCGGCUGCGCCACAAGAAUCGUCUACCGCGCGCAAAACCAUUCGUAGUGGACGAAUGGACCGAGCAAAAAACGUUUGCCGAAUUGGCGAUCAUGAACGAGGCUAUGAACGGUAGGGGAGACUUUAUGGGACGGCGUCUGUCGGCGAACGGCGAUGCCACCGGUAGUGAUGACGGGAACGUAAGCAGUGACUUUUUGCAACCUCUGACGUCGAUGUACGUGGAGGGCGAAGACCAGGAUCCAAUGAGCAGUGGGUCUGCGGUGGAUUAUUCCACCAGAGAAACCGAUAUGCCAAAUCGAGAGUAAGCAUGACAAAUGGAACGGAGUGUACCGAUGCCAUAUAGUGUUAAGGAUGAAUAACUGGAUAAGACUAAUAGCUUUUUAACACAGAAGUGAAUAACUAUGUAAAAUGCGUGAAAUAAAUAAAACUAAGUUGUA